GUCUCGAAGAAGAGGAAAUUCGUUGCAGAUGGAGUCUUCAAUGCAGAGCUGAACGAGUUCUUGGCUCGAACCCUGGGUGAAGAUGGCUAUGCUGGUGUGGAGGUGCGAGUGACGCCGAUCCGGACCGAGAUCAUCAUCCGUGCAACACGAACUCGCGAGGUUCUUGGGGAGAAAGGGCGCCGCAUCCGAGAGCUCACCGCUUUGGUGCAGAAACGUUUCGGAUUUCCAGAGAACAGCGUGGAGCUCUUUGCCGAGCGUGUGGAAAACCGUGCGUCCUGUGCCAUGGCCCAGUGCGAGUCCCUGCGAUUCAAGCUCAUCGGGGGCCUGGCUGUGCGACGCGCGUGCUACGGUGUCUUGAGGUUCAUCAUGGAGAACGGAGCCAAGGGCGUUGAAGUUAUCAUUAGCGGCAAACUUCGUGCUCAGCGCGCAAAGGCUAUGAAGUUCAGGCAGGGCUACUUGAUUUCCACCGGCGAGCCGAAACGCCACUACAUCUCGGAGGCCGUCCGGCAUGUUCAGAUGCGACAGGGAACCAUUGGCAUCAAGGUGAAGAUCAUGAUGUCGCAUGAUCCGGAGGGCAAGAUGGGACCCAAAAUGCAACUUCCAGACAACGUGAUCGUCCACGAGCCCAAGGACGAGACGCCCAUGAUGAUGCCUCCGCAG